AUGGCAUUGAUUACUGCUUUUUAAGAAAGUGCAUGUAGUCUCACACUGUAGAAGUCCAUUGCUCAGUUGUCAGCAUGCUCAGCGUGUCGCCUGUGAUGUGUCCUGCACAGCAGCAGGCUACAUUGCGUUUAAUGGACUAAUACUUCUUCAACCCAUUAAAUGAUUCCUUUCUCUCUCCCUGCCAGUGAUGGCUCCCUCUAUCAAUCUCUUCACCUUCCUCGUCCUGUCCCUGGUGGGGGGCAGCUCUUCAUGGGACGAAGCUUCGCCUUGCGGAUCCGGCUCCAUCCUGACAAGGCCCUACACGGCCUUGUGUGAGCUGGAUGCGGUGUGGGGCUUGGUGGUGGUGGUGGCGCCGCUACUCCUGCUGCUCGCUGCCAUAUUUGGGCUCUGUGGCCUCAGCCUGGGAUACAUCGCUGAGCACCAAGAGAGCCUCUGCUUCGCCCGGCGUGUCCUGAGGGGGGUGUUGCUUGCUGUCUGCAACACCUGCCUAGUGUUCCAGGGUCUGCGACUGCGCCGGUUGGGACAAGGUGCUCAUAGCCCCAGCACAGGUCAACUGAUGGGGCUGGCGGUGGCCUUGGCCGUGUUGGAUCCGGAGUGGAUCCUUCUCGCCACGAUGUCCACGUGCCAGCCAGCCUGUGAAUACCAGCCGCUGGACUUUGCGCUGGCCACCACGUAUGUGCUGGUCCUGCUCCUGGCAGCACUGGUGGGGGCGGCCUGCAGUCUGUGGAGGCAGCAGCCACGGUGGAGGUGCAGGACCACGUGGCUGCUCAUAACCUGCCUGGCCUCAGUCCUGCUGUGGGUGGCCUGGAUCACCUUCUGCCUGUAUGGCAACGCGGCGCUUGGCCUGUCCCCAACAUGGGACAACCGGGUACAGGCAGUGGUGCUGCUGGCACAGGCAUGGCUGCUCAUACUGCUGCACGCUGCUCCUGAGCUCCACGCCACCUUACGGCCCCCGUCCCGCAUGAGAGAGGCCAGUUUAGAGGAGGGCCUUUCUCACGUGUAGUUUGGAGCAAACCGGGACUUCGUGUUCAGUGACAACAACUCAGGUGUCCUCCCCAGCCCCCAGGAAACACUACAUUUUAAAUAAAUUAUAUAUAUAUAUAUAUCA